GCGGCGGCGGCCGAGCGGGGGCUGCGGCUCGCAGCGCGGAUCCUGCCGUCCUGUGCGCGCGGCGCGCGGCUCGGGAGAGGCGCCUGCAGCCCGGGGGGGCGCGCACCGUCUCGCCCGCGCUUGGAGGUUUUCUGAUACAAUGGCAACCCCACGGGGGAGGACAAAGAAAAAAGCAUCUUUUGAUCAUUCUCCAGAUAGCCUACCUUUGAGGAGCUCCGGUAGGCAGGCAAAGAAGAAAGCCACGGAGACAACAGACGAGGAUGAAGACGGUGGGUCAGAGAAGAAGUACAGAAAAUGUGAAAAAGCAGGCUGUACAGCAACGUGUCCCGUGUGCUUUGCAAGUGCUUCUGAAAGAUGUGCCAAAAAUGGCUACACAUCCCGAUGGUAUCACCUCUCCUGUGGGGAGCAUUUCUGUAAUGAAUGCUUUGACCAUUACUAUAGAAGCCAUAAGGAUGGAUAUGACAAAUAUACUACAUGGAAAAAAAUAUGGACAAGCAAUGGAAAAACUGAGCCGAGUCCCAAAGCUUUCAUGGCCGACCAGCAACUCCCUUACUGGGUUCAGUGUACAAAACCUGAGUGUCGAAAGUGGAGGCAACUCACCAAGGAAAUCCAGCUUACUCCACAGAUAGCGAAGACCUACCGAUGUGGUAUGAAACCAAAUAGUGCUGUGAAGCCCGAGACCUCAGAUCAUUGUUCUCUUCCAGAGGACCUAAGAGUGUCGGAAGUUUCCAACCACUGGUGGCACUCCAUGCUCAUCCUACCUCCUCUGAUGAAAGACAGCGUAGCAGCACCCCUGCUCUCUGCCUACUACCCCGACUGCGUUGGCAUGAGCCCCUCCUGCACCAGCACGCACCGCGUGGCCAGCGACGCCAGCCCCGGGAAGCUGGAGCACGCCAAGGCCGUCCCCUCUGUGCUGGUUCCAGGCAUGAACCGCUACUUCCAGCCGUUCUACCAGCCCAACGAGUGCGGCAAGGCCUUGUGCGUGAGGCCCGACGUGAUGGAGCUGGACGAGCUCUAUGAGUUCCCAGAGUAUUCCCGAGACCCCACCAUGUACCUGGCUCUGAGGAACCUGAUCCUUGCCCUCUGGUAUACCAACUGCAAGGAAGCUCUUACUCCUCAGAAGUGUAUCCCGCACAUCAUCGUCCGGGGUCUGGUGCGUAUUCGAUGCGUUCAGGAGGUGGAGAGGAUACUCUAUUUUAUGACAAGGAAAGGUCUCAUCAACACAGGAGUUCUCAGUGUCGGCACCGACCAGCCUCUUCUUCCUAAAGAUUACCACAAUAAAUCAGUCAUCAUUGUUGGGGCUGGUCCAGCAGGAUUAGCAGCUGCUAGGCAACUGCAUAACUUUGGAAUUAAGGUGACUGUCCUGGAGGCCAAAGACAGAAUUGGAGGCCGAGUGUGGGAUGAUAAGUCUUUCAAAGGCGUCACAGUGGGACGAGGUGCCCAGAUUGUCAACGGCUGUAUUAACAACCCAGUGGCACUAAUGUGUGAACAACUUGGCAUCAGCAUGCAUAAAUUUGGAGAAAGAUGUGACUUAAUUCAGGAAGGUGGAAGAAUAACUGACCCCACUAUUGACAAGCGCAUGGAUUUUCAUUUUAAUGCUCUCUUGGAUGUGGUCUCUGAGUGGAGGAAGGAUAAGACUCAGCUCCAAGAUGUCCCUUUAGGAGAAAAGAUAGAAGAGAUCUACAAAGCUUUUAUUAAGGAAUCUGGUAUCCAGUUCAGUGAGCUGGAAGAGCAGGUCCUUCAGUUCCAUCUCAGUAACCUGGAAUAUGCCUGUGGCAGCAGCCUCCACCAGGUGUCUGCUUGUUCCUGGGACCACAAUGAAUUCUUUGCCCAGUUUGCUGGUGACCACACCCUCCUAACUCCUGGGUACUCUGUCAUCAUAGAAAAACUGGCGGAGGGACUAGACAUUCGGCUCAGAUCUCCAGUCCAGAGUAUCGAUUAUUCUGGAGAUGAAGUGCAGGUUACCACUACUGAUGGGUCGGGGUGGACCACGCAGAAGGUAUUAGUCACUGUACCACUGGCCUUACUGCAGAAAGGAGCCAUUCAGUUUAAUCCACCGUUGUCAGACAAGAAGAUGAAGGCGAUCAACAGCUUAGGUGCAGGCAUCAUUGAAAAGAUUGCCCUGCAAUUUCCUUAUAGAUUUUGGGACAGUAAAGUUCAAGGGGCUGACUUUUUUGGUCACGUUCCUCCCAGUGCCAGCAAGCGAGGGCUUUUUGCUGUGUUCUAUGACAUGGAUCCCCAGAAGCAGCACAGCGUGCUGAUGUCGGUGGUCGCGGGGGAGGCGGUGGCGGCCGUCAGGAGCCUGGAGGACAAGCAGGUGCUGCAGCAGUGCAUGGCGACCCUGCGCGAGCUCUUCAAGGAGCAGGAAGUCCCAGAUCCCACCAAGUAUUUUGUCACCCGGUGGAGUACAGACCCCUGGAUCCAGAUGGCGUACAGUUUUGUGAAGACCGGGGGCAGUGGCGAGGCCUACGACAUCAUAGCUGAAGAAAUACAAGGAACCGUCUUUUUUGCUGGCGAGGCAACAAAUAGGCAUUUUCCACAAACCGUUACAGGGGCAUAUUUGAGUGGCGUUCGAGAAGCAAGCAAGAUUGCAGCAUUUUAAAUAGAAUUUGUCUGGACCCAGCUUUCUUCUGUACCCCAACUGAGAAAGCCUGCAAGAUUGCAGCAUUUUAAAUAGAAUUUGUCUGGACCCAGCUUUCUUCUGUACCCCAACUGAGAAAGCCUGAAAAACUCGUUAAACCUCACUUUCAUAAAAUCAAACAAUCUUCUCUGGGUAGCAAAAUUGAAAUGUUUCUAAGGUGGUGUGGUAACGUAAACCCAUUUCAUCACUCUGAAGGCACUAGGCCCAAGACUCCUUUUCUAAGCACUUAUAUUUAACUGCAUUUCCCACAGGCCUGACUAGUGUUAAAUCUUCUAGAUUUCAAAAUAAGGCAGAAUAUAACCUUAAAUUAAGACCUUGGAUAUGAUUCUUCCAUGGUUGGAGACUCCCUUGAAAUCUGACAAAUUUUUUUUGGCUGACCAAUUUUCACACAUUAAGAAACCAAGUCACUCAAGCAGGAAUCAUUACACAGAUAAAGCCAUGUACUUUUCUAUGACAGCUCAUCACUGUCUUUGCCAAUGAGCCUUAAGAUUUUUAUAUAGCUCCAAUAUUGAGCUUUUACUUAAAAUUUAGAUAGAAAUCUUUCCUUUUUUGGAUAAAGCAAACUCUCCAAAGGUAAAUGAAACUUCUAGACUAUUUUAUAUUGUACAUAUUUCUUCCCAUUGGGUGUUCAAAAGAAAUUCAGGUAUCUUGUAAUAAAACAUUUUAGACUUGUGCUCUCAUUGGCAAAACAGCAAAAUUCUCGGUCCCUUCAACAGUACAGGUUAUUGUAUCAUUGAGAAUGGGGUAGAGGUAGUGUGGUCUUUAUACUUGAGACAUAGAUGAGACAUAGAAUACGGCUGUUUUUAAGAGCCAUGUUUGGGCGGAUGGCACACUUAAAAUAGCCUUAAUUUUGGCAACCACUAGCAAAAAGAUCUUGUCAGAAUAAUUUAAUAAAAGCCUCUCCCCACUGCGUCUUUUUAAAAUAACUGAUUCAAUCUCUAGGAAUAUUUUUUAUAGAAUUGUUUUCAGUAUUCCACAUGUAGGUCCACUGGAAAACUCCAGAAAAAUCCUGGUAAAUGUUACACAUUUAAUAAGCCAUAUCUUGAAAGCCUGAGAACAUGGCAAAUACUUUUUCCUUUUUUCACUCAUGACAAAAAAAAUUCAUUUAAAAUAAACACUGAUUUCAGGGUCUUCAGGAUACUCAUCUUGCCAAGAAACUUCAGUUUACAGGUUAGAAAUACGGAUAAUUUAUGUGCUUUUGUUUUAAAAAGUCUGAACAAUUCUUUCAAUAUAUUGGUCAGCUUAAAGGGACUCAAAAUGACUUUAAAACCAUUUUUCAAAAUAUUAGGUAUUUUUAAAAAUUAAAAUAAGUUUAUAAGUAGAAAUAGUACUUUAUGCAAAGAACUACGGGGAACUUUAGACAGAGCUUAGACACACCUCCCUCCCCACCAAAGUAUAAUAAUCGAAAGAAAGCAACCUGCAGUAUAAUGGUUUCAAAGUUAACAUAGGAAAAUGUUGAUAUUUAGGUCAUUUGAUGAGACUCACUGAUACUGAUUGGGAUGUAUUCUGCUUUAAAGUGUUAUGUAUUAAAAUGUUUAAAUAGCAUGUGUCAGGUGAUAAAUGCAAAAUAUUCUAAGUUGAAAUGGUUCACAGUAAAUUAUUACUUUAGUCUCUGAGCACUUAAACUUGUACUGUGCUAUAAGCAAACAAGGGGAGAACCUACUAAAUAAAGUAUGGUAAAUGUGUAUUUAAAACCCUCAUUCCGUCUCAAGUGACAUCACCUAACAUUUUGUUCUUUAAGGAACCAUGGUACUUUUUUUUUUCCUUGAGUUUCUUUUGAGUUUUUCACUGCUGUCUGAAGAUUCUGUAAUUGAGUAGCAGUGAAUAUGUUUUAACUGCAGACUGUGAAAACUGUGUAAAACUGCUUAAUAAAAACUAGACUUGUUUUUCAAA